CAGCCGAAUGUCUCCAUGUCUCCAUCGGUCAAUCACUUCAUCCGUAUUCUGUAGAGUGUAGACCCAAAAAAACCGAAGAAAAGCAGUGCAAGGCCGAUCGAAGUCCGAAGAAACGCAGAAAGCCAGAAACGUCACCGGAAGAAACAAGAGAGCCGACUGCUCGACUCGCCGUCUCUAUCGCCGGACCUGCACGCGUCCACCCUCUAGAUCAACGUAUGCCCCUGGAUGAUUUAGUUGGUCAUUUGAAUUUCAGGAGAAUUAAUUGAAAGAAUGAGAGAGGCUUAUUUAUCCGGGACGAAACCUGAGAUCGCCUUCACUGCGACGGGAAACCUGCGAUCUGAGCUCCACUGCUAAGACUGUGUUUGGUUCAAGGUUGGACGCUUUCCUCUCCCAUCGCCGAUCUUCAUCUCCCGCUGCUUUGCAGCUCCUCUUCCUGCGACGCAGUGUGGAUCAACAAGAAGGUCAAAGAGGAUGGAGGAGUGAUCUGGGAAUUCGGCAAAUGAAAUCUGCGUUAUAUCCAUUUCUGGAACUUUACGUAUCGGAAGAAUUUCCGUAGUUGGGUUCUUCAAAGUGAGGGCAAGUUAUGUGCCAAUCUUCUAUUGGUAUAUUUACAUCCUCUUGAUAAAACAUGAGACACAUCUUAUAUCUUGUAGCAAUUGAUAUUAUAUGCUCUGCUUUAACUAUCUCUUACCCAACGUGGAGAAAAACCCAAUGUGUAGAUGGCACCUACGUCUACAGCUCUGACGACACGGAGGAGGACGAGGUAGUCGUUCUCGAGAAUAACGAGAACGUUGCCGAUGUUGCCCCGGUCAAAGCGAAAGAGGUAAUCGACCUUACCUCUGAAAGCGACUCUGUUAUUCAUCUGGAGAGCGAGGCGGUUGAGGUCAUACUUCUUGAAACUGAUACUGAUGGCACAGAGGGAUCUGAUAUCACUCCAACUGAGAAUUCUUCCCAGAUCUACUCAUGCAUGCACCUCCACAUUGAUAUGUUGAACAUCUUACUUCCAGUCCAGACCCUAAUUUUUGGGCUUCGCAGUACAAGACUGGAUGGCUCUGAAAAACCCAAGAUCAAGUACAUUUAAAUCUAGGGAGUUGGGGGGUUGGUUACCUAAGUUAAUUCAGUUUACAACACAACAAUGGCAAAUUGACAAUGUUAAGUAUAGUUGAUGGAGGAUCAAUAUGUUUCCUUAACCAUGACCAAACAUUUUUCGACAAAAUUCUGCAGAAGGGAUGCAUAGGCGGAAGGGAAAUUUCGGUAAUGGUCUACAUGAGGAGAUGUACCGAAGUUGAAUGACAACACGUCCCUCCCAUUCUUUCUUUGCUCGUCGAUAAAAAAUUCAACAGACUGAAAUGGAAUGACCGUGUCUGCAGUACUACUAAUUCGGUUUAUUCUAAUUUGUUUUUAGAUCAACGUAUGCCCCUGGAUGAUUUAGUUGGUCAUUUGAAUUUCAGGAGAAUUAAUUGAAAGAAUGAGAGAGGCUUAUUUAUCCGGGACGAAACCUGAGAUCGCCUUCACUGCGACGGGAAACCUGCGAUCUGAGCUCCACUGCUAAGACUGUGUUUGGUUCAAGGUAGAGUGAGGUUUAAUUAUAAUGUUAUCUUGUUUGGGAGAAAAAAUUGAAUUAGGUAAGGAGAGGUAACCUUAGCUCUCAAAACGCGAUAAACCUAGGUAAAUAAUUAGUUCCGCUGCUCUUCCCUUUUUUUUUCCUUCUGGCGCAGGUUGGACGCUUUCCUCUCCCAUCGCCGAUCUUCAUCUCUCGCUGCUUUGCAGCUCCUCUUCCUGCGACGCAGGUUAUUCAUCUCCCUUCAUCUUCCAACUCUUCGUUUAUUCAUUUUUUUCUUCAAUUUUUUGAGAUAUGCGGGUUAAGAGUUUUCCUA